CGUGCGACAGAGGCUUAAGUUAAAGCUGUGUCUUCUUAAAAUUAUAACUAUUUUAAAGGGACAUCAGUGCACAACAUUUAGUAAAUAUAGUAGCUCUUUAUAAUAGAAAAAUAAUUUAGAAACUCCGUAAUUUUCUGACCUAUUUUACCACUUGCAAUGUGUAAUCAGAGGCAACCAGAUGGAUUCUUUUGCCAGAGACCCCCCAAGGAAUCUUUAAAUAUAUAUAUAUUAAUGAUCAUGUGAUUGCAUCAGAUUAAUUUCGUAUUAAUCGUAUGCAAAAUGGCAAGAAAAUAACAAAAAUAAUUAUGCCAAUCAUAAUUUUCAGCACGCAAGAGGCUAGAAAGGUAAGGAAACUCUGCGGCGUAAUCCAAGGCGUAACAAGUUAGAGCGCCUCACUCCAAUCCGUCCUCUGAGGUCCGGCCUGCCUGGCCGAUGGCCUUUGCCACCCCUUGCCCAGUAAUGGCCAUUUUGCAUGCGUGCCCAGGGUGCUACCCCCACGAAGACCAGGAAGCCAGGGGGUUGGGUAGCUAUAGCAACUUUGGCAAACAAUGAGGUAUACGAGCCCACUCCCGACCACGCAGGCGACUUGUUUACUUGCCUACCUCCUUGGCUGCAACUGCAAUCGAUGUGUGGCAGAGGUUUCAGUUCCCAUUUGAAUUUCGGAGCUUUGGCAUCGGAGUGUCGGUCCUACGGCUAACUAGAUCAUGUGCUUCCUCUCGAUCCUGGUGGUGGUGGUGGUGGCGUGUGUUACCAUCCUCAAGGACUUCGGGACCUGCUCUCUGGCGGGCGUAAUGCCACCAUCGUCGCCAGCGCCGGCGCCCACGCCCCACACGUUCCGAUUCCAGAAGCCGCUGCAGUGCCUCAAGAACGAGUUCUACAACCUCAACUACUUUGACUGUGUGCCGUGCAACGAGGCUGGGGACCCAGGAAAACUGCAGCCCGACAAGUUCUCCUGCAAGUGCCCUGCAGGACACAUAUCCAUCUACGAGCGAGGCAAGACCUGGCCGACCUGCGACGAGAUAUGCUCCACAUCGCCGGACCGAACCGAGAACUGCACGUCGGUGUGGCUGCCCCAACCAAAGCCCGCCUCGUACUGCAGCAUGCAGUACCUCAAUGCGACGUCGGUCUUCGCCAGCCAACUGCCCAUCCAUCCACUGAUCUCCGGCAUCAUCCUCACCAAAACGAAUCCGGCCAGCAACAGCAGCGACUGCCAGAGCUGCGAUCAGACAUACAACUUCCGCUACCAGGACUUCUGCCUGGCCGAUGCCCUGCUGCGCCCCUACCUCCACUACAAUGCCUUCUGGCAGGCCACCACCAGCCCGCGGACGAGCUCGAAUAGAGCGACCCACUUCGGGGACCUCAAGUUCGUGGCCUUCUUCUGCCUGACGCUCAGGAACGACACCGCCUGCCAGCAGCUGGCCAAUCUGUGCGUGCUCUCGCACUUCUCCCUCGAGAAGCACUCGCCCUGCAGCGCCUUCCUGCUCACCCAGGUGUCGGAUGUCGUGAUGAAGUACGCCCAUUCCGGGGAGCAGGUGCGCUCCCUGCAGCCGUUCCUCUUCUACAAGAAGGGCAAGGCGACCAAGGACCUGCUCUCGAAGACCCUCCAGCUGGCGGACCGCCAUCAAUUGCAGCUCUUCAGCACCACCUUCGGACUGGACGGAGGACUGAAGCGCUGGGGACCAUUCACCCUGGACAUGGUUAAUCUUUGCCAGCAGCCGGCCCCGUCUCUGCGACUUGCCCAGCCCCAGGCCGAGGCGGAGGUGUCCUGUCAACUCCCUCUGGAGCGGAUAAUAGAUCUGGCCGGCCAGCAGGCCAACGAUAACUACCUCACGCUCUUCUUAAACUUCAGCAGCAACUGGCAGUACCUUCUCCACCAGCUGCCCGUGCUCAUCGAGACUCUGACGCCAGAGAACCAGCGCCCGCAGCAAGAGGAGUGGCAGCUGGUGAAGCGGUUCCAGCUUAUUGCCGGCUUGCUCAGGGACAAUCGCCACCACCAGACAGUGCCGCACUACGAGGAUGGCCACAAGCUGCAGGUGUAUCGCUCGCUGCGUUACGUCGAGGACCUGGAACUACACUACACGCUGGACGGGAGCCACAGGGAUCGGGUGGGGCUGCCCCUGAUCCGACUACGCUAUCGCCACAUCGAGUUGGCGGGGAAUGCCUCGCUCGCACAGACCUAUCCGUUCCGGAUGAGGGUUACUUACCAGAAAACGGAGCGUGGAUGGAAAUGGCUGAUCCUGGAAGUGGCUCUGCCACUGCUCCUGCUGCUGGCCUUCUCGGCAGCGGCCUUCCGCUUGCAGAACCUGCGGCGCAGACGGCAUGCGGAGCUCUGUCAGGCCAGCAGCCUGUGGGAGUUCCUGCUCCAGCUGGCCAGCAAUGUGGCUUACACCUUCCUGGCCACAGCUCUUCUGCUGCUGGCCCUGCACGCCUCCACUCCCCACCUGCUGAAGACUCUCAUCUAUUCCGGGUGCGUGCUGCAGCUGAUGUUCCUGACUGUCCACCUGUGGCGGUCCAGCCAACUGGAGCUCUUCCUCAUCGACUGGGAGCGGCCGCGCAGCAGCUGCGAGGGCCAGCGCCUGAAUCUGGACAGCUCCUCGCUCUGCUCCAGUGUGCGCACGUACGUGGCCGAGAGCAGCGUGUCCGCCUGGCGCAUUCUGUUCACGGCCAAUGCCUGGAUCCGCCUCAGCGUGGCCCAAAAGUACUCCACCCUGGGACAGGUUUUCACCCUGGUGGCUGUGUACCAGCUCUUCGAGCGGUACACACAUGGGGACGUGGGUCUGCGCUGCUGCCUGGUCUCGGGCAGCUACAUAGUCUCGUAUCUCCUGCAAGUAAUGGGACACCGUCUGCUCACCGCCAAUCCUCUGCAGAAGUUCAUCGACCUGUGCAGUCUGGCCAACAUUUCGCUGUUCUCGCUGCUGGAGCCUGGCUUUGGCUACUACAUCCACGGCAGGUCGCCCCAUGGCUUCGCCGAUACGGACAUGUCUUCCAUGAUACUGCAGCUGCAGAAGACGCAGAACAUGUCCGGGCGUCGUGGGCUGCUCAUGGACUCGGACAAGCAGGCCUACAUCAUUCUGCCGCCAAGAAAUUUGCACAUCUACCUGGAGCGCCUCCUGUUGCCCUUCCAGCGCAGUGUCACUGGCAGUCUGUCGCAGACGCUGCUCUACCAGAAGGACAUCAUUCCCAGCAUCGACGGCCAGAUAGAGCGCACUUCCAUAGCCUAUGCGAGCGUGAAUCGCUUCUUCUGCGCCUUCAUCGAUCAUGUAAGGGCCACUCCAUCCAUGUUUAGAGGUCUCCUAUCUCUGUUCUACUCUCUCUUGCAGGCCAUUAAGGAUAUGGACUACAUCAUCAAGGAGAAGUCGGUGGUGGAAAAGUUGUUCAACUGCGAGAUCGACAACUACAUUACGGAGAACAAGGGAACCUUCUACAUUGACGACUCGCUCAGCUUCGCUCGCGUCCUGCUGCUGGGCAACCAUGUGAAUAUCUUUGUGCUGGAGAUCCUGCUGCUGCUGUCCAUAUUUCUGAUGACUUCCAGCCUGCUGAUUGCUGGGGCUCUGGCUUGUGGCUUCAAUAUGGUUCUGCGGCACAUCUUCCGCUUGUGGGUGCGCCGUAAUGUCUCGCGCAAGACUCUCAUCGAUGAGCGGUUCCUGUUGUAGCCCCAGUCGGAGGAGCAGCAUCUGCGCGAGGAUGGAUUCUUUGCCAUUUAGAAACACCAGAAACCAGCUAUGUUUUGUUUUUCCAUUUGUUUUUGCUUUUAUUUUAUAAUCCACUCGAUAGUAAGUAGUAGUACACAUCCAUAUACAGUGAUUAAACGUUAGUUAUCGGUACCAUAAAACUUAUGUCUCUAAAACAAAUAAAAUAAUUUCCAUAGUUUCACAAUCAACAUACAAACACAUGCCAUACCAUACCGUACCAUACAUACGCCUAUGCUACGCACGGUCUAGAUCUACGUAGUACCUCUUCUGUUUGCUCGCUUCACACAUUACAUGGUAGGUAUUAUUUGAUUCAUUUCUUAUGGUUUGUUAGGAUUUAUAAUUUCAUUUGGGGCCCUCAGUAGCCCCUCGCUUAUUUCUUCUAUGUGGCAUCGAUAGGAGUAGCAGCCAGCACAUCAUCAUGUUUAUCAUCUAGUUUAAGUAUACCUUCUGUUUCUGUUUCUAAGUGUGUGUGUGUGUCUCUCUGGCAAUUGAAAACGUUUACGAAAAUAUUGACCAUAGGCGAUUUCGGUGUUUUAUUUUAUUUUAGUAGUUUUUUCUUUCCGUUUAUAUGAAUAUAUAUGAAAACUUGAUUCUGUUUUGGAUA